AUGCAGACCGAAUCGAAGGUGGAGCAGAUAGCUCUCCUUCUCGCUGAAUGCCUGCUGACGCAACGCGAGGAAAUGUCGGAGCCGAGUAUCGCUUGCUUCAACUUGCAGUUGGCGAAUGUGCUAACAAAAUUGAAGCAGCGAGUCGACACUGCAGCAGCUAGCAUUGAAGGCCUUGACGUUUAUGUUGGAAGAGCCCUACGAACGCUCAACGGGAGGGCAGAGAAAAUGGAGCGACACUUUGAUGGUUACAUCACCCGGAUGCCUUCGCUCCCGUUACCUCCCUACUACGUGGACGUCCAUUUGGUAGUUCUGGAAGGAGAUCACAUGGAAUCAGGUACCACAGUCACAAAAGCGGUCGAAUCUGAGGCGGCAGCUCGUGACGAUGCAGCGACGAAGAACAUCGUACACGCUGCAAUCGUGAUGGCAAAUCUGUGCCAAUACCUGGCUGGAAUUGCUUUACAGCAGUCAAUUGUGGUUGUCAGUAAUCCAGUGCGCUGA